CUGACCAAACUGCGACAGCGCCAAUGGCAGCAAAACAUAACUGUUACAGGCGAGGAGGAUGACAGCAACAAGGAUUACAUAAUUUGAUUUUACCUGCUCACACAGUAGAGGCCGUAACCCUUUGGCCUGGAGGAGAAGCCUGCAGUGCUAAAAGUCCAUCCCUUAGCAUGAUUAGCUGGUUGUGGUGGAGGUGAGGAAGCAUGGAGUGGAAAUUUGGGGUGUCAAGACAAACGUGAUGACAGCAUGGUCCAUGGUGGAGAAGCUCAAAAUGGAAAAACGCCCGUGCAGGGAGGAGAACAUUGACUCAAGCGAGGCGCAGCAUGCCACUGACGAGUCUGAGGAUGGAAGCAGCUCAGAUAGCGAAUCGGAAGAGCAGCAACAUCGGAGGGUUCAGGUGAACAGCAGUAGCUGUAAGAGAAGGGAGCCACUGGCUGUAACAAAACCCCACCGACAGCUCUGUCGCUCCCCAUGCCUUGAUCGGCCCAGUUUUUCCCAGAGUAGCACUGUGCAAGACUUUCGUGAGGAUGAGACCAACGCAGUACCAGGGGCUAAGCCCGCCAGUGAGCGAGAGUACCAAACUAAGAUGGAAUUUGCUUUGAAGUUGGGCUAUUCAGGAGAGCAGGUUGAAACUGUGCUCAACAAGUUAGGGUCUGCUGCGCUUAUUAACGAUGUUCUUGCCGAGUUAGUACGGCUCGGAAACAAAGCAGAGCCUGAAAACCAGUCUUGCAGCAGCAGUACAGCCACGUCAAUAUCACGCUCCCCCUGUGUUAAAGAGACUGUUAGUCCCGAAGUGUCAGUGGAAGAGGAAUCUGUGGAUAGUUUUGAUAACCUCAGGCCUAUCGUCAUCGAUGGCUCAAAUGUGGCAAUGAGCCACGGAAACAAAGAGGUGUUCUCUUGUCGUGGCAUCCAGCUUGCUGUUGAAUGGCUUCUGGAGAAAGGACACAAAGACAUCACUGUGUUUGUUCCAGCCUGGAGAAAGGAGCAGUCAAGACCCGAUGCCCUCAUCGCAGAUCAAGAAAUCUUACGCAAGCUGGAGAAAGAGAAGAUCUUGGUUUUCACCCCGUCUCGGAGAGUUCAAGGCAGGAGAGUGGUGUGCUAUGAUGAUCGCUUCAUAGUGAAGCUGGCUUAUGAUUCUGAUGGAAUUAUUGUGUCAAAUGACAACUACAGAGACUUGCAAAAUGAGAAGCCAGAAUGGAAGAAAUUUAUAGAAGAGCGACUCCUAAUGUACUCAUUUGUCAAUGACAAGUUUAUGCCACCUGAUGAUCCAUUGGGAAGACAUGGACCAAGCUUAGAAAAUUUCCUGCGCAAACGCCCCGUUGUUCCAGAGCACAAAAAACAACCUUGCCCCUAUGGGAAAAAAUGCACAUAUGGACACAAGUGCAAGUACUAUCACCCAGAGCGUGUCAACCAGCCACAGCGCUCCGUGGCUGAUGAACUACGGGCUUUUGCCAAAUUGUCUGCAGUGAAAACAAUGAGUGAAGGGGCUUUAGCUAAAUGUGGGACUGGUCCAGCAACAGUAAAGGGGGACAGCAACUCUGAGGCCAAACGCGUGGCACCCAAACGUCAGUCUGACCCCAGCAUUCGUUCAGUGGCCUGCGAACCUCCAGAGGCACUGUCCGCCAUUAGGAAGUCUGAGACAAAUUCAGUGCCUUCCCUCGUGUCUGCUCUCAGUGUGCCCACAAUGCAGCCAGCCAAGAGCCACGCAGCUGGUGCCUUGAACACACGAUCAGCCAGCAGCCCAGUGCCAGGUUCUUUGCAGUUUUCUCACAGUUCUCUGGAGCACAUGUCUAGUGUACAGUACCCUCCUAUUUUAGUUACUAAUAGUCAUGGCGCCUCUGUAACAUAUAGUGAACAGUUCCCAAAGUAUGACUCAGUUAGUGACCAUGGCUAUUAUUCACUGCACAGUGAUUUUUCAAAUAUGAGCAUGAGCAGCAUGCAUAAUGUUGACAGUUUCUGUAGCAUGGAGCACGAGCAUGUGUAUCAGAGAAACCCCAGCCACUGCCCUGAAUCCUGCCUCAGCCAUUCAAACAGUGACUCGUUCUCGUCUUAUGGGGACCUGUACCCAAGCUCUGUGGACAGUAGCUUAGAGGAGAGUAUGAAGGGGCAGCAGCAGUCUCCCGCACAGACUAGGAUGCAAGCGUUCUCCCACGGGUUUCGUCAUGAAACGCUGACUAGGGUACAGAGUUACGGACCAGAGGAGCCCAAGCAAGGCCCACGUAAGCAGGCUGGGUCUCAUCUAGCACCACAUAUCCAGCAUGCUGCAGUGGGAGCCAGGUCCAGCUGUCCUGGAGAUUAUCCCCUAACUCAGAAUGUUCUCCCACCUUUGUCCUCACAACCCACACGCUCGCUAGGUAUGACUCGUAUGGACAGCAUAUCGGAUUCGAGGCUAUAUGAUAGCAACCCAAUGAGACAGAGGCGACCUCCACUGUGCCGUGAGCAGCAUGCAAGCUGGGACCCUCUCCCUUGUGGUAAUGAGUCCUAUGAAUAUCAUUCAUAUCCACUGAGUAACAGCUUGAUGCCAUGUUGUGAGCGGGUGAUGGUCCGCAGCAUGCCAGACAAAAUGGAACAAAUCUGGAACUCGCCAUGGGAGGCCCCAUCUGGAGCUGAACACCAAGAGCGGUAUGCUAUCCCAGACCACCAGUAUCAAACAUACAGGAACCUUUGUAACAUCUUUCCUGCUUACAUAGUCCACGCUGUAAUGGAGAAGAACCCUCAUUUGACAGACCCGCAGCAACUUGCCGCUGUCAUUGUUACAAAACUGAGGUCAUGCCACUGAACAGUUAAUUGUAUGAAACCUUCAAAAUGGAUUUAAUAAGAGAAAUGAGGAUUUCUUUGCAAAGAUAGGCACAUGUUAAAUGUUGCUCCAUGUGCAACGUCUGCCCUCAGGAGUUAGUCGUUUUUAAAUGUUUCUGGUAGGAUAGAGGACAUUUUUGUAUGAAGUGGGGUGUAGCUGAUACAAGCCAACACCUUAUUAGAAAUCUGGUUCAUAACGUAUUCAUACUACCUGAGCAGGAACAGGGAAGCAGCGUCUGUUUAACAUGAAAGGUAAUUCCUGUAUUGUCGUUAACCUUUGGCAGUACUGUACGGUGUCCCUUAAUGUGGAACAUAAUACUGCUGUAUUUAAAUGAUGUUACAUGUUGUACUAAGUUGUAGAGGCUGAAAACAAUAUGAAAUAUUCAAUCCAUUUUGUAAAAUAUAUAAAUAAAGUAAUGUGUGAAAUAAAGUAAAAUAAGAAAUAAUGAAAUCUAAACUCAUUAUAUGUAUUUAUAUAUACAGAUGACACCACCUGUCACCUUUUAAUCAGCGUUCAGCUUUCAAGGUAAAAAGCUGUUAACAGAAUUAUCAGUUUUUGCUCCUGUUAGCUGUAAAAGUCAUUAAAAAUGAACUCCUUGAAACACACAACACAGAUAAAGAACUUUUAGAUUUCCUUUUAUUAUAAGGCUGCAAAGGCCACUUAGCUAACAAGCUAACAUUCUAGGUAGGUUGUAAGCACAGAAGACAGUUUAUUAUAGGAAUUAAAAUUGGUUGAUUAAUUCAGAGAGCAAUCUUUUAAAGACUAAAAACACUAAUUUAUUUCUUCAUUUCAAAUCAACAGCUUGAUAUUGGCACUUGUGAGCUAAUCGACAAGCUUGCUAGCUAGUUAGCAUUAGUUGGCAAACACAGUAACAAAACUAAGGAAGUUUAUUUACUUCUUUAUUUGAUUUCGGUAGCAAGAGAGAGGUAUUUAAAAUAUGUAUCUGUAUUGAGAUGAAGUCAUAAAAAUACUAAUUGGACUGUUGAAAUAUUACUUUAAACUUGAUUUUAACCAUCAAACAGUUCCAGAAGUUACUGGUUUAUUCAUGUAUUUUACAGAGGUGAACAUGUUUAUUUCAUUUAAAAUUGUAUAGCUGGGUUCUGUUUGGAGAUAGCUUACCAUCAUAAUUUAAGACUAAACUGAACCCUAAUGUAAUUGUAAUUAAUUUUUGUAAUAUUGAAUGUGCGUAUCAGUGUGAACAAUUGAAUGAGUAAACGAGUUAGGUAAAUAACAGCACAGGAAAUAAUUACAUGGUCCUAUCACCCACAUUUGCCUAAUUAGAUUAGCCAUAAAGCACGUCAACAUUUGUACAACGGCUUUAAUGAAGAUCCUGUUCAGGUGCUUUGAAUGCGUUAUGAAAGGCAUUUAAAGUGUUUCUGAUGCAGUGGAACUAUAAGUAACCAUGCAGUCUGCCUCUGCUGUAAAUAAUAUUUAUGAUAUGUUUUCUUUUGUUUGUUUGGGCUUUUUUGGGGGGGGGAUUUAUUUUGAAGAUGAGUAAGAGGGAGGUAGGUAUAUACCUCACAGCAUGAACUAUGACAUUUUAUGGCCUUAUAUCUGAGUGACCUCACACUUAUUCAUUGUCCAAUUGGUUUCGGUGAACGUCUUUGUCAUUGAAGCCUCAUAAUUUCAAAUGUAAAGCACUAUCUCAGUAUCUAAAGAGAUAUAUUUUCUCAGCCUCACUUAACAAAGCUACUAUUUUGGUAGAAUUGACAGUGCACAAAGCAAGCCAAAAAAAUUAUUUGACUUGUAUAUAUGUGCACAUGUACAUAUGAUCACACAAAAGCCAUUAUUUCAAAGUCAUUUAUAAGCUGCUAAAUAAUGCCAAAAAAAAUAAUUUAUAUAGUGUGAGUAUUCAAAAUAAUUUUAGUUCACAGGAUCAAUUGGAUUAUAGUAUAAAAAGAGCAUAUGUGUUUGGAUAAUUUAUAUAGUGUACUGUAUAGUUAGCUGUCUGAUUUUAUUGGAUGCUACAUCCAGGACUUUCCUCUUUAUAAAAUUGUCAAAUCUGUUGUGCUAAUCCUUUUCAGUGUGAAGUAUUCAAAGUAUCUUUGUUUCACGCAGUAGUUCUAUUGGACUUGUUCAAGUUGCCACUGGAGCAGUUUGUUUUCAGGUGCAAGUCAAUUUAUUUUCUAACUACUUUUACAUGCACCUUGAUUGUGUGAUCAUUUGAGCUUUAGUCAGUUACCUAAUUCUGAUUCAUAAAAAAAGAAAACUUUUGUCUUCACUUUAAGUCAUCAAGUGCUAAUGUGCAUGACACACCUAAGCCAGGGAAGGUGGUAUCACUGUGGCAGUUAUCUAGCAAAAAUCCAAGAUUACUGCAUCUAAAGUUAUUAUAUCCAAAGUCUAGUCCAGUUUGUGGUGAACAAAUCUGUGGAUUUUAAUAUUAAAUGAAGUGGUUUAGUAUAUUAAAUUGAACAAGUGCAUUUCUAACAUUAAGAAGGUUUUUAGAUGGAAAUAUGCAUGCAGUAAAACAUGCUCCCCUAUAAUAGAGCACAUCUCCUCACAUUACAUUUAGUUCAGUUGCGCCUGUAAGAAAUAUUUUCUUGUAGAAAGUAAUUUCUUAUAUAACGUACAUGCACUUAAAAUAUGGCAAAGUUGAUUGAAACUGCAGAAAGGAGACUUUUUACUCCGUCAAUAUUCCAGUGCACCUAAAUAAGUCAUCCGAUCUCAUGCCCUUACCUGACUUCCAGCUUCCUCUCAUGUGCAUGUAAAUGUGGUAAAACUGAGAAUUCAUUGCUCCUGGCUAUGAUGUGACUUUAGUAGGGACAUUGGAAGUUGUAGAAGUAUAUUCUUUGAGAUGGAAACAGUGUUUACUAUCAUAGUUAAUUGUUUGCACAAGGAAUUCUGAUACCGACUGAACAGUUGCCUGAUGUUAUUUAUCAGAUAACUCUGAGGAUCUGGCUUGAAUAGUUAGGCCUGGUAGUAAAAUAAAUAUUCUGAUAUUUUGUAAAGUAUUAGGUUUAAAUAACAAAAAUUUGAAUAAACACAUAUUAAAUACAUUUCUGUGAAUGCUUGAAAGCAUGUUGGAGAUGAAAUUUUCUGUAUGGCUUUUUAUAGGAGGCUGGACUGCUAAUAUACAGAUGUACAAUACACAUAUGUGCAGCUGGUCUCUAAGGAUUGUGGAAAGAUUUGGUUGUGCCUUGCAGCACACUGCUCUCAGGAUGCUUUCACUUUUCUAAUUUUAAGUCUUUCCUGCCAAAACCAGCGGUUACUGGCAAAAGUGUACUCUGAUCUAGUAGUUAUAUAUAGAUAUAUUUGUGAAAUUCCUACAUGUAACAUGUAGUACCUUAAAUUAAUUAUUUAUGGUUGAGACAUGAAGAUGGCAUUGCAAAACUUUGUACUUUUUGUGAAUAUCCUCUUUAUGCACCUUGAGCGUUCAAACAGCGAACUAACAGGCUGGAUUCAUGUGGUGCAACUUCAGAAGGUGUUUGUUUUCCAUAUGGGUGUCUCUGUAGCCAAAGACAAAUGUGGCAAUAUUAAAAAGUACUCAAAGAAGUUGUUUUCUUGAUUUGCUCAUGGUUUUUGUAAAAGUAAUGCUGAUUGGAAAGUGUUGAACCAGGCCUUUAAAAUUUCUGCCCUUAUCAAGCCUAAAAAUGAUGACGUUGGGUACUAAGUUUGGUAUCUGACUUCUGAUACUAGGCGGUCAGGCCUGGCAUUAUUCUGCUUCAAACAAUACACUUGCAGAAGUUGUACUAUGUAAAGCCAACCCAUAUAGCAGAACCAUGCUCCUAACGCAUUUAAAGGGAAAUGCCACUUAUUUUCAGGGUUCAGGAAUGGUAACCCCUAGGCCUGCUAUUAAAGUGCACAGUGGUUAAAGGCUCAUUUGUAAAAGAUUCAAUUGAGUUUCAACAAACAACAAAAAUACAUUUGGUGUCAGUUUAUAAAUGAUAAAAAAAUGAUUAAAAAUGCUAUAAAUUAAUGUGUAGCUCACAUUUUAGAAAACGAAGCUGCACCAGACUAUCACAAAGCUGUCUAUUUGUCAUUUAUUCUAUGAACGUGUUCAUGAAUUUUUAAACUGAGUGGUAUUACUCUUUAACAAGGCUAAUUAUGUGAGCCUGACCUUGUCUCCUUGGUGGUGCUUUUAAAGAUGCAUAUAUAUAUAUAUUUCUUUGUAAUGUUUAGCUAGAACCGUAAUAUGUAGACAUAAAGAAAAAAAACUGUUGAAUGUGUUUUGCCCAAAAUGAUUUUUGGGCUUUGCUGACUUUGUUUUUCAUGAAAAAAGACGAGGCCACGUUAGGCCAGCUGUCUGUUCAUGAGAAGGUGAAACAAACUGCCUAAAUGUUUCUUCAUGUGAAACAAUCAGAUUGCAAGGCUGCUGUCAAGGUUGUUUCUGGCAUUUGGUUAAAAGUUUGCGUGCCAUCCUUUCCCUUUGAAAUAAUUGAAUUGAUCUAUGCUCCAAAAACUUUGCAAAAACACUGAAGCGAUGUAUGCUACAAGAAACGGCUCUAACUAAAAAACAAAACAACAACAACAACAAAAAAAAUUGGCUUUGUUGCUAAUUGUAGCACCAAAUUAAGAUCAGUAGUUUGCCUUUUUCACUUAGAAAUAUUUAACCUUAUUGAGGUCCAUAUUCAACAUGAACACUGGAAUAGUCCAUUGGCCAUGAGCUAAAUUGUGCAUGUACUUCACUUAGUAACUGUAAUGUAGGAUGUAGGCCACAGCAUAAAUCCACCAAAAAGCAAAUGGUCUGGGUUUGUUGUUAUAAUGUUUUGUGUUAAAUCUGGAAACUUGUUUGGCAAUGGACCACUUCCAGGAUAAAAAUAAAAACCUCAUUAUUUCUGCUAAAUACUUUCAAUGUACCAAUCUUUCUUCUUUUUUGUUGUUGUUGUUGCUUUGGAUAAAUGUUACAGACCAUACUGGUGGUUUUUAAUCCUCUCCCUUCCUUUCUAAGUGCCGCAAACAGCUAAGUCACAAAUGUCUAGAAUUGACUUUUGCUUGUUGAUACAAAUUGUAUCUAUACCUUGAAUGUAACAAAAUAUGAAAUGUAUAAUAUGAAAAUAGUUUUGUUUAAAUAAAGGGGGAAGAAAAAACAAUGCCAUAAUGUUUGUGACACUGUGUGUCACUGGGAGUAGCCCACUGGUAUGUACUUAUUCUUACUGGGUACAGUAGUUAAAUUACAGGGACAUUUAUGUGCUACAUAAACGUGCACAGAUACCCUGUGUACAGCAGUAAGCAUCGUGUCCUCUCUGUACAUAGUGUCAUAUAUAUAUAUAUAU